AUGAAAGCUACCUUACCGACGGGACUCUCGAUUUACCUAUUGAUUGGAUUCCUAGCAUGAGAGGCAUACGAUUUAUGGACCUUCCAAGCUUCCUACGAACCACCAAUCCGAAUGACAUCAUGUUUGACUUCAUGGGAGAGGAAGCACAGAACUGCUUAAAUGCGUCUACAAUAAUUUUCAACAGUUUCGAUGCAUUGGAAAAUGAAGUGUUAGAGGCAUUCACUUCCAAGUUUAAUUAUCCCAACACUUACACAAUAGGGCCUCUCCACCUGCUAUGCAGAAAUGUGCCCGAGAGCGAAGUCAAGUCGCUUAAUUCAAGUUUAUGGAAGCCAGACUCUCACUGUCUUCAAUGGCUAGACCAAAGAGAGAGAGACUCUGUAGUGUAUGUGAACUAUGGAAGUGUGGCAACAAUGUCUGUUCAACACUUCCAAGAAUUUGCAUGGGGGCUUGCAAAUAGCAAGCAACCAUUUUUAUGGAUCGUUCGACCAGACAUCUUGCAGGGUAAUUCGGUAAUGUUGCCUCAAGCAUUUUUGGAGGAGACGAAGGAUAGAGGAUUGCUAGCUAGUUGGUGUGCACAAGAUGAAGUUCUCGCCCACUCAGCUGUUGGUGCUUUUUUGACGCAUUGUGGAUGGAACUCUGCGAUAGAGUCAAUAUGUGAAGGUGUGCCGAUGAUAUGCUGGCCAUUCUUUGCCGACCAACAAACGAACUGUCGAUACUCAUGCACCGAAUGGGGGAUUGGAAUGGAGAUCAAUCACGAUGUGAAUAGAGAAGAAGUUGAAGAACUUGUUAGACAAAUGAUGGAGGGGGAGAAAGGGCAGAAGAUGAGGGUGAAAGCUCGUGACUGGAAGAAGAAAGCAGAAGAAGCUACUACUAUUGGGGGAUCUUCAUAUAACAAUUUUGAUAAAUUCAUCGAGAAGGCUCUUCAUUAUAAAGAGAAGUAACAAACUAUGGAGGAAACUAAUAAUGCUAGGUGUUUCUGCUGACUAUAUUUAUAUAUUACAAGCAGGAUGCACUUGAUACAAAAAAGUGGGAGCAGUUAGUUGUCCAAUAAACCCACUAGCACCAAAAAUGCAAAUUUACAUAGCAAAUUUACUGAUCAAAUCCACAGUUGUUGUGGGAUUAGCAGUGGACCUAAUUUGAUAUUCAGAUCCAAUACUAAUUCAACGACAGUUGAUAAUUUGGGUAGCAAAUUUUGUCACUUAAAUUGGUGCAACAUUGAUUUUUAGUUGUCAUU